CAACAGGGUCCCUACUGCAGGUCUCGGAUUGGUCCGACUUCCAGAUCGACUGGAUCGCAAGCCCCUUUGCCGGAGCAGAGCCUGUCCGAGCCAUGUCCCAGGGGCUGUACCACGAGGAGUUCGCGGGAGCUGGCAAGCAGGCGGGGCUGCAGGUCUGGCGGGUCGAGAAGCUCGAGCUGGUGCCGGUGCCCCAGAGCGCUUACGGAGACUUCUACGUCGGGGAUGCCUACCUGGUGCUGCACACGGCCAAGGCGGGCCAGAGCUUCACCUACCGCCUGCACUUCUGGCUGGGAAAGGAGUGUACUCAGGAUGAAAGCACAGCAGCUGCCAUCUUUACUGUUCAGAUGGAUGACUAUUUGGGUGGCAAGCCAGUGCAGAGUAGAGAACUUCAAGGCUAUGAAUCUACUGACUUUGUUGGCUAUUUCAAAGGAGGUCUGAAAUACAAGGCUGGAGGCGUGGCAUCUGGACUGAAUCAUGUUCUCACAAAUGACUUGACCGCUAAGAGGCUCCUGCAUGUGAAGGGUCGGAGAGUGGUCAGGGCUACGGAAGUUCCCCUUAGUUGGGACAGUUUCAACAAGGGCGACUGCUUCAUCAUUGACCUUGGCACAGAAAUUUACCAAUGGUGUGGUUCCUCGUGCAACAAAUACGAGCGUCUGAAGGCAAGCCAGGUUGCCAUUGGCAUUCGGGACAAUGAGAGAAAAGGAAGAUCUCAACUGAUUGUGGUGGAAGAAGGAAGUGAGCCAUCAGAGCUCAGAAAGGUUUUAGGGACAAAGCCGGAGCUUCCGGAUGGAAACGAUGAUGAUGACACCGUAGCAGACAUAACGAACAGGAAAAUGGCUAAACUCUACAUGGUUUCAGAUGCCAGUGGAUCCAUGAGAGUGACUGUGGUUGCAGAAGAGAACCCUUUCUCCAUGGCGAUGCUGCUUUCUGAAGAAUGCUUUAUUUUGGACCAUGGUUCUGCAAAACAGAUUUUCGUAUGGAAGGGUAAAGACGCUAAUCCCCAGGAGAGAAAAGCUGCAAUGAACACAGCUGAAGAAUUCCUAAAGCAAAUGAAUUAUUCCAGCAAUACCCAAAUUCACGUUCUUCCAGAAGGAGGGGAAACACCAAUCUUCAAACAGUUCUUUAAGGACUGGAGAGAGAAAGAUCAGAGUGAUGGCUUCGGGAAAGUCUAUGUCACUGAGAAAGUGGCUCAAAUAAAACAAAUUCCAUUUGAUGCCUCAAAACUACACACUUCUCCACACAUGGCUGCCCAGCACAAUAUGGUGGAUGAUGGUUCUGGCAAAGUGGAGAUAUGGCGUGUAGAAAAUAAUGGUAGGAUUGAAAUUGACCAGAACUCCUAUGGUGAAUUCUAUGGUGGUGACUGCUACAUUAUACUCUAUACUUAUCCCAGAGGACAGAUCAUCUACACCUGGCAAGGAGCAGAUGCCACAAGAGACGAGCUGACAACAUCUGCAUUCCUGACUAUUCAGUUGGAUAGGUCCCUCGGAGGACGGGCUGUGCAGAUCCGAGUCUCCCAAGGCAAAGAGCCUGCUCACCUGCUGAGUUUGUUCAAAGACAAACCGCUCAUUAUUUACAAGAAUGGAACAUCAAAGAAAGGAGGUCAGGCACCUGCUCCCCCUACACGCCUCUUUCAAGUCCGGAGAAACCUGGCAUCCAUCACCAGAAUCAUGGAGGUAGAUGUUGAUGCACAGUCUUUGAAUUCCAAUGAUGUUUUUGUCUUGAAACUGCGACAAAACAAUGGCUACAUCUGGAUAGGAAAAGGUGCCAGCCAGGAGGAGGAGAGAGGAGCAGAGUAUGUGGCAAGUGUCCUCAAAUGCAAAACCACAAAGAUUCAGGAAGGCGAGGAACCAGAGGAGUUUUGGGAUUCCCUUGGAGGGAGGAAACACUACCAGACUUCUCCACUGCUAGAAACCCAGGCUGAAGACCAUCCACCUCGGCUUUACGGCUGCUCUAACAAAACUGGGCGAUUCAUCAUUGAAGAGGUUCCAGGAGAGUUCACCCAGGACGAUUUAGCAGAAGAUGAUGUCAUGUUACUAGAUGCUUGGGAACAGAUUUUUGUUUGGGUCGGCAAAGACGCCAAUGAAGUUGAGAGGACAGAAUCUCUGAAGUCUGCCAAAAUGUAUCUUGAGACAGACCCUUCUGGAAGAGACAAGAGGACACCAAUAGUCAUCGUAAAACAGGGCCAUGAGCCACCCACAUUUACAGGCUGGUUCCUGGGCUGGGAUUCCAGAAGGUGGUAA